CGAACUUUAGCUUCCAAGUGAAUCAAAAGCAGGAGGGAGGAAGAGAGGGUAGGAAACCUGCUUUUGCUUUUGCCGUUCUCUAUCUGUAAUUUAAUCCAAAAGCGCUUUUAAGUUUAACCCAAAAACACUUAAACAAAAUAGAAUUAAAAAAAAAAACAAAAAUAAAGAGGAAAAAGAAAAAUCCUAACCCUAGAUCUCCAACAAGAAAGAACCCACACAGGCCCCAGUGCAUUGCUGUCCGUACAAAAUUGUUUGCUUGCAAUAUUUUGCUUUUUAUUGGAUGACAAUCCGAUGUCGUUGCGGUUGAGUCGGCCAACUGUGUUCUGCUCAUGCUUCACCACCUGGGUGCUGUUCGUCUUUUAGGAUCUUCAAUUUUAUUUUAUUUUAUUUUUUCUUUUUCGAUUUUUAGUUUUGUAUUUCUAGGGUUAGGGUUUCGAUUUAUUUGGGCUGUGAAAAAUGGAGCCUCGUGUUGGUAAUAAGUUUCGGCUCGGCCGGAAGAUCGGCAGCGGCUCCUUCGGAGAGAUCUAUCUCGGUACAAAUAUUCAGACAAACGAAGAGGUUGCUAUUAAGCUUGAAAAUGUCAAGACAAAACAUCCGCAGUUGCUGUAUGAAUCCAAGUUAUACAGGAUACUACAAGGAGGAACUGGGAUUCCAAAUGUAAGGUGGUUUGGAGUUGAAGGAGAUUAUAACGUUUUGGUGAUGGAUUUGCUUGGCCCUAGUCUUGAAGAUUUGUUUAACUUCUGUAGUAGGAAACUUUCGCUGAAGACAGUUCUUAUGCUUGCAGAUCAAAUGAUCAGUCGUGUUGAAUUUGUUCAUGCUAAGUCAUUUCUACAUCGAGAUAUCAAGCCCGACAAUUUUCUUAUGGGCUUGGGAAGGCGUGCAAACCAGGUAUACAUGAUUGACUUUGGUCUGGCUAAGAAAUACAGAGAUAGUACAACCCGACAGCAUAUUCCUUACAGAGAAAACAAGAAUUUGACUGGAACUGCAAGAUAUGCAAGCAUGAACACUCACCUUGGCAUUGAGCAAAGCCGGAGGGAUGAUUUAGAAUCUCUUGGUUAUGUCCUUAUGUACUUCCUUAGAGGAAGUCUUCCUUGGCAGGGACUAAAAGCCGGAACUAAGAAACAGAAGUAUGAGAAAAUUAGUGAAAAGAAGGUUUCUACUUCAAUUGAGGCAUUGUGUCGUGGUUAUCCAACAGAGUUUGCUUCAUAUUUCCAUUAUUGUCGCUCAUUACGAUUUGAUGACAAGCCAGACUAUGUUUAUCUGAAAAAAAUAUUCCGUGAUGUCUUUAUUCGUGAAGGUUUCCAGUUUGAUUAUGUGUUUGACUGGACAAUUUUGAAGUAUCAGCAAUCACAGCUGGCUACUCCUCCAACCCGUGCUCUUGGUCCUGGUGCUGGAACUAGUUCUGGGAUUCCCCAUGCUGCUGCUAAUGUGGACAGGCAGACAGGUGAGGAAGAUGGACGGCCAACGGGUUUAACUUCAUUGGAUUCUUCUCGGCGGAGAAUACCUGGGCCAGCUCUCAAUUCCAUGAGCCUUUCGAAGCAGAAGAAUCCAGUUGCUAAUGAUGCUCCAUUAUCUAGAGAAACUCUUAUGUCGAAUAACAAUAUCUUGGGCCGGUCAGCUGGAUCAUCAAGGAGAGUUGCUGUUUCUAGCAGCCGUGAUGCAUUUGGUGGAAGUGAGUCUGAUCCUUAUCGCGCUCGUACAACCGAUGCUAGUCCUGGAGCACACAGAAUUUCGAGUGGGCGAAGAAGUUCACCGGUUGAGUCAUCGGACCCCAGUAGGAGACAUACCUCUCAAAGCAGGAACUAUGAAACAACCCUUAAAGGCAUUGAAGGUCUGCAUAUAGACAAUGAGGAGAGGGUUCAUUAUUAGAGAUGCUGACUUUGCAGGUUGCUGUAAAUCGUAAUUUGAUUGUUUUGCUUUCAUCAGAUUAGGUGGUUUUAAUAUAUAUCAAAGGUGAGAGUCUGAGAGGCGAUUUCGUUUGAA